AUGAGCAGUGCUUCAGAACACACACCAGACGGUCUGCCAGAGCACCUGAACUUCACCAACUCACAGUCUUUCAGCCUGCUUGUAGAAAUGCUUAGAUCUAACACCAACACUGCUGGAGGUCCCAGUGCCAGCGCUCCUGCAGCUGCGACCCCGGCGGCUUCAGACACGCUUCUGACGGUUCACUCCGUCGACCUCCUGAAAUCCAAGGAUGGGCCGAACCGACGCGAGCAUCGCACAGACGCUUACUUCAGCGACAAGCUGAUCGUCCGCAGAGGACAGACCUUCCAGAUGUGGAUCGAGUUCUCCAGACCCUUCAACCCCAAAUCUGACAAGCUGCAGCUGCAGCUGAAGUUAGAGCCCAUCUUCAGCAGUAGCACUGGGAUUCACAUCUCUGUCCCGUUAGUGGACGUCCUGGAAGACGGCCGCUGGGAGAUGAAGAUCGUGGAGCAGAAAGACAAACGCGUGCGGCUGGCGGUCAACACUCUUCCCACCGCCUCCAUCGGCCGCUACAAGGUGACCGUGGAGUCUUUCUCACCGAAGGGCAAGCUGCUGUUCCCCUGCACCCCCAACGACGUCUACCUGCUCUUCAACCCCUGGUGUGAAGAUGAUGCCGUGUAUCUGGAUAAUGAAGCAGAAAGGAAAGAGUAUAUCCUGAAUAGCAUGGGCAGAAUUUACUACGGAACUGAGAAGCAAAUUGGAACCAGAACAUGGAAUUUUGCCCAGUUUGAACAGGAUAUCCUGGAAGCAUGUCUGUUCAUUUUGGAGAGAGGUCAGGUCGCUAUGACCGAAUGGAGAGAUCCAGUGAUUGUGUCCAGAAUGGUAUCUGCUCUGGUGAACUCCAACGAUGACUACGGUGUUCUGAUGGGUAACUGGAAGGACAGCUAUGAGGGCGGGACGUCUCCUACCGCCUGGAGCGGCAGCGGCGACAUCCUGAGACAGUAUUACAAAAGCUCAGGGAAACCUGUCAAAUUCGCCCAGUGCUGGGUCUAUGCGGGAGUCACCAAUUCAGUGUUGAGAUGUCUUGGUAUUCCCACCCGUUGUGUGACCAACUUCAGCUCGGCUCAUGACACGGACCUUUCCUUGACCACAGACAUUUAUAUUGACGAGAAGCUGGAAGUUAUCAAAGACAAGACCAGCGAUUCUGUCUGGAACUUCCAUGUGUGGAACGAGUCCUGGAUGACCCGUCCGGACCUCCCGGCUGGUUACGGCGGGUGGCAGGUGGUGGACGCGACCCCUCAGGAGCCCAGCCAGGGUUCGUACCGCUGCGGUCCCACUUCCGUCUCCGCUGUCCGCAAAGGACAAGUCGAACUGAAAUUCGACACUCCGUUUGUCUUUGCCGAAGUGAACAGUGAUAGGAUCUACUGGCAGAAGAAACCCGAUAGAAGCUUCAGUCAGGUUAAUGUGGAGAAGAACUCCAUCGGUCAGAGCAUCAGUACUAAAGCUGUGGGAUCUGAUGCUCGUGUGGACAUCACACACCUCUACAAAUACCCAGAAGGUUCAGAGGAGGAGCGCAUUGCUGUGGAAAGGGCCAGUCGCUUCGGCUCCAAACCGACUUUGUAUCCGUCUCCCACCGGCAAUGACGUGAGCGUUGAGAUUGUCAUGGACGGGGCAGGGCCUCGUAUCGGUGGAGAUGCCAAACUCUCCAUCGUCCUGAAGAACAAAAGCUCAAGUCAGCGCACGGCCAGUCUGCUGUAUGAGGUGAUGGUCAUGUACUACACCGGCGUGCUGAAAACCACUGUGAAGAAGGAUCAGAUUCCUCUCACCCUCAAACCGCAAGAGACCAAGACUAUUCCUUGGACUCUGCAGUAUAAGGAGUACAUGAGCCAUCUGGUGGACCAGGGCGCUCUUAUGCUAGCGGUCACUGGACGGGUCAACGAGACCCGACAGAUUCUGGCCACACAGUUCAACUUCAGGCUGCGCACACCAGACCUCAUCAUCACUCCUCAAGGGGAUGCUGUGGUGGGUAAAGAGUUGACAGUCAAGAUCACGUUCCAGAACCCGCUGUCACAAGUGUUGAGGAACGUUUUGUUCCGUAUAGAGGGAUUGGGAAUGCAGAGCGUCAGGAAGAUCGCGUAUGGUGAUGUGGAUAAGCUUGCGACGGUUACACUGACAGAGAAGUUUGUUCCCACUGUCGCCGGCUCUCAGAAGCUCCUGGCAUCGAUGGACUGCCGUCUGCUCACUCAAGUGCACGGAGUCGCUGAUAUUGUGGUCAAACCAAAGUAA